GGUAGCAGGAUAACUUCCUUUUCUCAACUCUGUAUAUUUUCUUCAAUAUUAUUGAAUCUCUGGCGAUCGGUGUGCGAAAAAAUGCAACGGAACCGGAAUCGGGGCUUCCGAGGCAACAAUUCGAAUCGAGGAAUGAACAAUAAGGACAGCAGGAAUCCGUGGAAAUCAAACUUUAACGAUGGUCUAGCGAACGGCCGCGGACGAUCUAACGUAAGCCCCUGGAUUUCCGAUACGUUCAAUUCCAACAACGCUCAGACCAGUUCCAACAUUCCCUCCCUGAUGUCGGUGUUCAUCGAUCAGAAUAUGUUGAACCGAGAUGAAUUUGGGGGCAACCGACACGCAAAUAAUAUCGAUGAAAGUUUCUCGAACCAGAAUCGCCCCCGUUUGAACUUCAUCCCUCCAGAAAGGAACGACGACGAAGGCUACUACUGGCAGCACAGCAGCCAAAGUGAUAACGAACCUUUUCAUCAAAAGUAUGACUUUGAAGACAACCACCGGGGUAACUUUAGAAGACAGUUGGACCGAAGCACUCCCUAUGACAGACCUACAAGAGAGAGACAGCAGCGCCCUAGCAGAUGGGAACAUCCCGAGGAACAUACACGUAAAGAACGAGAACCUGAUCUAGAACAGGAGUUGCUAUCACCUCUGGAGGUGAGAGUGGAAAAAUUGAUGGACGCCGUGAAGUCCCAACCACACGGAAUCGGAGAACUCGUGCUGCUGCAGAACAACAAUGAGAUACCGCCCGUCCUGCUCCACAACGCCGCGCAUCAGGUAAAGAACUGUGUCCUUGCGAUAGACAGGGACGAGAGUACGGGUUAUUCCAAACUGCUCCUGAACGGGUUCUCCGUAGUGGAGGGGAUGUACUCGUCGAAGAAAGACGCAAAAGAAGCCCUGUACGAAAUGGGGCUAGAGGUUCUGAAAGACAAGUGCUUCUUCAUCACGUCCAAGUGCCAUUUCGAGGAAGUGUCCAUGGAGGCUUUGGCGAAGCAGAAAGAAGAGGAACUGGCACCUGCUAUGGGUCUGGAAGGCAGCAAGGCUCAUCAGAUGAUGCUGAAGAUGGGGUGGGGAGGAAAGGGAUUGGGUACGCAGGAACAAGGUGAGCAGAAGACCGUGGCAGACAAAAUAGUCGAGAACAUCACCAGAGAGGGUCUCGGUUCGCAGAAUGUCAUGCAGGAAGUGCAGAAGAUCCUCUACGACUAUGCUCGAUCUAAUAAAACAACUACUCUAGGCUUUGACUCCGGAUUUACUAAAGAAGAGCGAGCUCAAAUCCAUGCAAUAGCAGCCAAGUACCACCUCAGGUCGAAAAGCGAAGGCGGGUUCAACACGAGGCGGAUAACAGUCAGCAAAAAGAAGAACAAGUGGAUGCUGGUAAAGGACCUGCUGAUGGUUGGAGGGGAAAACGAGUCAUACUCCCUGACGAUCCCUGAAGAAUACCAAGACAUGUGGAAGGAGUUAUGCAAAGCUGACGGCGUCGAGACGUAGAUAUAAGAGUAUUUUAAUAGGAUCGGAUUGAUCCGGAACAAUUGAUUCAGUGUUUCAGUUUUGCGGUAGCACCCAUUCCCCCCCACCCAAAGGGAUUUGGAAAAAAGUGUGGAAUGUGUGUCUAUGCGAAUGAACUUUGUUGAAUCAUAGACAGAAUUUCAGUUUAACAAUGGUUCUAUCCUCAUAAUCAUUGUAAAAGUGAACGUUCAGGAUGGAAAAAAAACUUUUCUGUAAGUUCCUGCGAGUAAAUAUUAGUUUUACGAUCA